AUGUGGAUGUUAUAUUUUUUUAUCCAGCAUUGCGGAGGACUUCAAUUAGUAGUCACAGUCAGAAAAAAUAUUAGGUUAGCACCCUUGCAUACAUAUUUGUACUCGUACAAGGGUACCUUAAUAGAAAUCUGAUGUUCACAUAGCAAGUUCGAUUUACAUUGUGUAAAAAUAGUAAUCAUGAGUAUUCUAAAUCCACAACGAAAUAUAAACUCGUUUCAUAAAAUCUGGCCACGCGAUGCACCUGUCCCGAGAUGGAACAGCUCCCAUAAAGGCAGUAUGGUGUUGCAACGUAAUCUACAUGCGACCAUUGUGGCCUGCGAAAAUUUUCUCAAUUAGCCGCCGCGUCCGCGCAAGGAAACUUCAUUUUCGGAAGCCGUGCCCAAGGCUGGCGCUCACUGACAAAUAAGGCCACAUAUAAGUACCCGUACACCCUCUAUUGUUUUAUUCAGGGAUCAGCCAUUCAGCUCCGCAGUCGCAUUUGAGUAGUGUUUGCAUAAUGUAUUGCUUAGAGUGUGUAACGUUGGUGGUGAUAGCUGCAGUGGCGCAGGCGGUUCCUAAUCCCAAAUAUAAAGGAGUUUUUCAACCGCCGAUAGAAGUUGGAAGUUAUGAAGGAUAUUAUCAAGAUCGUCCCAGAUACGCCUUCAAUUACGGAGUCGCAGAUCAUAGCACCGGCGACGUGAAGUCACAACACGAGACACGAGACGGGGAUGUUGUCAAAGGACAAUAUUCCCUAGUGGAACCCGACGGCUCCGUUCGGACGGUCGAUUACACGGCGGACCCUGUCCACGGAUUUAACGCCGUAGUCUCGAAAAGUGGACCGAGUCUUCACGCAGCACCACCGCCUCAUCAUAGUCAACAUCAACCUGCACCGCAAAUCAUUCCUCAAGCCAUACCUCAGGGAUAUCAAGGAAUACCACAGGGAAUACCCCAGGGAAUACCCCAAGGAAUACCCCAAGGGAUACCUCAAGGAAUACCACAAGGAAUACAUCAAGGGAUAACUCAAGCGGUACCUCAAGGAAUACCACAAGGAAUUCCACAUGGCCUACCUCAAGGAGUAGUCGCUCGUGGACCAGUCGUACGCUAUUUAGAAAAACCUGUGCCCAUUCCCGUAGAAAUUUAUCCUAAGCGAAUAUUUGGACCUGGCCCUAUUUUUGCCAAGGUUGGCCCACAGUUUCCCGACUACGAGGGAUUCGGCAUCGACGAGUAUGAACCCUACCCGUUCCAAUUUGAAUAGUUAGUAUAGAUAGUAACUGUAUAUCUUAAUAAUAUUAAAUUAUUCAAUACA